AUGGCUGGAGAAAGAGGAAGAGGACCUAAUCCUGAAGAACAUGUACCACGAGUUAUACCAGAACAUAGUGUGGAAGAGAGGUUUCGCAAGCAUAAUCUACCAACUUUUGAUGGCUUUGGUGAUCCUCUGGAUGCCGAGAGAUGGGAGCUACUGAAAGGAUACUCAACCAUGUUGGCUGUGGGGAUAGGGAGAAACUCACAUGCGCAAUUUUCCAACUCUUUGAUGAGGCCGAAUUUUGGUGCGAAUCGAUGCUAUAGAAAGAAGAAACAAGAUGAGUUUUGGAAUUUACGACAAGGAAAUAUGACGGUCACUGAGUACGAUCGAAUGUUUAACCAGCUCUCGCGAUAUGCUCCGCAUCUAGUUGAUACAGACGAGAAAUGUGCAGAAAAGGCCCUAAACAUCGAAGCAAUACUACCAAAGGAAAAAGAAAAUGUGUCAACACAAGCACCGACCCAAAACUAUGGAAAAAUUAAACGUAAAUGGGAAGGCGGAAAUGAAGGGAACCCAGGAAAAAUGAAGCAACCAUGGAGAGGAACUCAGCAACAACAAGGACAAGCUGAAGGAAAGACUUCAUGUCCAACAUGUCAGAAAAAUCACUAUGGUGAAUGUAAGAUAGGCUCCAAUGACUGCUUUAGGUGUAAGCAACCAGGGAAUUUCGCCAGAGACUGCCCGAACAAUAAUGGAAAUAUGGGAAUGUCACAACCUCAGAACCUUGCCCCUUAA